GCUAGCUCCCGAGCCGCGCCGCUGGUAGCGGUCGGUGAAAGGCCAGCUCGCCUGACCCUCUUCGUUUCUUUCCCCGGAGCAGGCCCCCGGAGCGGAGCCGGAGAUGCUCAUGCACAUGGAUCAGAAGGAGGAACUGCGGUUGUCCCGUCCCCGCUCCUGCGAAGGGAAGAGUGCUCUGAGCGGCACCUCAGCUGAAGAUGGGAUUGUGAGCACAAAUGAAGACAAUGCCCAUCAAGGCAUCCCCGGGCCAGUGGAGCCCAAGGGUUUAUGCUCAGGACUCUCCGAGGAGAACAGUUCCCAGAGUCCUGCACAGGACCCUGUUCUCCCACGCAGGUCAGAAAGGAUUCAGAGAUCUCUGGGGAAGAGGCAGAGCCGAGCGACACUGUGUGGAAAAAGCUUCAGGAGGCUGCCGGAUGUUAUCCAGCAGAGAAACCCUUCCAUGGGAAGACUCAAGAUAUAUGGGAACUGCAUGAGCUUGACACUGAUCCCACACCAGGUAACCCACACCGGGGAGAAGCCCUACAAGUGUGCCGAGUGUGGGAAGAGCUUCUCCAGGAACUCACAGCUUGUCCAGCACCAGCGGGUACACACCGGGGAGAAACCCUAUGAGUGUAGGACUUGCAGGAAGAGUUUCAGUGUGAACUCAGCCCUGACACGACACCAGCGGGUGCACACUGGGGAGAAGCCCUACAAGUGUGCUGAGUGCGGGAAGAGCUUCUCCAGGAACACACAGCUUGUACAGCACCAGUGGGUGCACACUGGGGAAAAACCUUACGAGUGUGGUACCUGCGGGAAGAGCUUCACUGUGAGCUCGAAGCUGAUCCAGCACCAGUUAACCCACACCGGGGAGAAACCCUAUAAGUGUGCUGAGUGCGGGAAGAGCUUCUCCGACAACUCGCAGCUUCUCCGGCACCAGCGGGUGCACACUGGGGAGAAACCCUACGAGUGCAGGACCUGUGGGAAGAGCUUCAGCGUGAGCGCAGCCCUGACACAACACCAGCGGGUGCACACUGGGGAGAAACCCUACAAGUGUGCCGAGUGCGGGAUGAGCUUCAGCAUGAGCUCAGCCCUGACACGGCACCAGAGGGUCCACACCGGAGAGAAACCAUACGAGUGCUCUGAGUGCGGGAAGAGCUUCAGCGUGAGCUCCAGGCUGAUCCAGCACCAGUUAACCCACACGGGGGAGAAGCCCUACAAGUGUGCCGAGUGUGGGAAGAGCUUCUAUGAGAAGUCACAGCUCGUCCGGCAUCAGCGGGUGCACACUGGGGAGAAACCCUAUGAGUGCAUGACCUGCGGGAAGAGCUUCCGUGUGAGCUCAGCCCUGACACAACACCAGUGGGUCCACACUGGAGAGAAACCCUACGAGUGCUCUGAGUGUGGGAAGAGCUUCAGCGUGAGCUCAAAGCUGAUCCAGCACCAGGUAACCCACACUGGGGAGAAGCCCUACAAGUGUGCUGAGUGUGGGAAGAGCUUCUCCAGGAACUCACAACUCCUCCAGCACCAGCGGGUGCACACCGGGGAGAAACCCUACGAGUGUACAGAUUGUGGGAAGGGCUUCGGUCGCAGCUCUGCACUCAUGAAACACCAGCGGGUCCACACCGGGGAGAGGCCCUACGCUUGUGCCUAGUGCAGGAUCAGCUUUCGGCAUAGUGGCCACCUCAUCCAGCACCUGGGCAUCCACACCAGCGAGCGUCCCUGCACCUGUGCUGAGUGUGGAAAGGGCUUCAGCGUGAGCUCGGCGCUCUUCCAGCACCAGCAGAACCACAGGGGUGGGGAGCCCUACGUGGGGUGAGUGUAGGGAGCAGUGAGGUCUGAUACCCUGGGAGCAAAGCCCGGUGUCUCCCCCUCCCAUUGACCACCCUGCUUGUGGAGGUUGAAAGCAGUUUCUUCCUAGGAGAGUGAGCCCUCAGAGAUGAAGAAGGGGAGAGCCGGUGGAGGGAGCUGAUUGGAGGUUUGGGGCAGGAGCCAGGAGAAAGGUGCCCGACUCUUUUCAGUGGUGGGCAGCCCCAGGAUGAGGAGCAGUGGCCAUGAACUGAAACACAAGAGGUUUGACCUCCACACGAGGAAGAACUUGUUCCAUUGCAGUGGCAGAGCACUGAACAAGGUGUGCAGGGGGAUGUGGAGGCUCCAUCUCUGGGCACAUCCAAGCCCUGCCUGGACACGUUCGGGUGCCCCUGCCCCGGCAGGGCUGGGACCGGGUAACCCCCAGGGUCGGCUCCCAUGGCUGGUGCCGCUCGCAAUGGCC